AAACGCGAAACUGAUUUUGAAAUAAGAAUUAAACGUGAAACUAAAAGAAUUGAACAUGUAUCUGGAAACCUUUAACUCCGUGUCUGAUUUAGUAAAACACAAAAAAAGUAAAAUUGAAACCUCCGUGUCUGAUUUAAUAAAAUCCAAAAAAACUAAAAUUGAAAUCUCUACCUCUGUAUCCGAUUUAAUAAAAUCUAAAACGGCCAAUUCAAUAAAAUUAAAAAAACCAAAAAUGGCCGAUUUAAUAAAACCCAGAAAAAGGUAUUUGUAUCCAUGCCAUUGUAUUCGUUGUGACAGCGCAGAGGUUGAUUUUCGCACUCAAGAAAAUCAUACAAAUGAUGAAAGUUUGUGGAACUCAGAGGAUACUAGGAAAAAUCAGGAAGAUACUAUUACAGCGAGAAAACAAAAAAGAUUAAUCAUUAUUCAAGAUGUAAACCAUUAUUUUCAUCAUCACCAUUAUUGCCAAAUCCUUCUUAUUUUCAUGUUCCAGCACCUGAUGAAGAAGAAGAAGAAAAUGAUGAUAAUGAGGAUGACGGUGAUGAUGAGAAUAAUGGCUCUGAAAAUAAUGGUGUCGUUUAGAUAAAUCACAAUUUAAAAAUUUUCCAGCAUCCUU